AUGACACGUUUCAAUAAUGAAAUUGGUUCAACCAGUCAGCCAACUACACCUACCUCUACCUCCACCGGUAGAUCUGUUCCACCUCCAUUAGUUGUUCCUACCUUGACUCCCACUCCACAUCAAGUUCCUACGUCUACACCUACCUCCAUUGGUACAUCUCUUCCACCUCCGAUACAAGUUCCUGGCUUGACACCCAUUCCAUACCAAGUGCCUCCUCAUCGAAUGGCUUCACCCUCUCCCAAUGUUGGUUCUAACCCAUCAACUCCCAGAAAUAUUGCACCAUCACCUGGUAUAGAGGAUGCAGAUCCACAUUCCAGUUCAGCCGCCAAUUACGUGGAAGAAUGUUCCAAUAGUCGUCCAAUGAUUACACCCGUUGGAGGAGGGUAA